CAAUAGGCAGACCGGAAGUGCUCCCACCAUACACAAUACGUUCCAAUUCUGUACGCGAAGCCCACACCCCCACGACUUGUAAACCUAAAACAGCCAGCAUGGAGUAUGACGGUUACAAUUCACUAAUAGUGGAAGCGUUUCGAGGUAGAGCUGUUUUGGUGGCAACUUUGCCGGUGUUGUGUCCAAACGUAAACGACGGCCCAAUUGUUGCCGUUCGACUGCGAGAUUUGACGAGGGCGGGUCUAUGCUGCCAGUGAGUCCUACAGGGAUACCAAGAUGGAAAUCCAGGGGCUUUGUGAUGCCUCUAACGUGCACUCGCAACAUGGCGCUCCUCACGCAGACACGUCGUCGGCGCCCGGGCCACUUUGUGUAUCAAUCUAUCGUUUGCAAUCCCAACAAGAUGACGCGGAUCUCCAAUUGGAACCGUCUGAAUUUGAAAUCAACAACGACGACGACACACCAAGGGCAUCUCCGCUUCGCCUACUGGCGGAAAAUGGUAGCGAGGUGGAUUUUUCGCCAGUCACCAAGAUGCGACUCGGCGACGAAAACAACAUACACAACAGGCUACUUUGCAACGUGAGCACAGAGGACCGGGGCAUCGUGAGUACGUCGACUUUGGUCGUUUCUGCUCGGAGAGUCGACGACGCGGAUUCGACAUUGCAAAUGGCGCCGGCGCCGCCGCCGCCGCUUCCACCCCAACGGGAAGAGGAACUCGCGCGGCAGCAGGAGCAGCGGCGGCAGCAGCAGGAGCAGCAGCAGCAGCUGGAGCUGGAGCAGCAGGAGGAGCAGCAGCUGGAGCAGCAGCAGCAGCAACAGCAACUAACGUUACCAUUUCCAGUUUUGCGGCAUCAGCGUGGCAACGGAGCCUCCAAGCCGCCGUCACUGACAAGCCAAAACCUCCCCGGGCUGGAUAGAAUCGCAUCGAAGGAGAGCCACAACAACGCCCAAGAGCUCUAUUUAGUUUUUAAUGUUUAUCAAGAUGAUUGGAAGGGUGAGAGGGACAGACAUCGACUAGGCUCCUCGUCUAAAAUGUGGGACAACAUGAAAAGACGAGGAUUGGAGUGUCCGAAAGCUACUCCCGUGGAGUUCGCAAACGCUAGUCAUGGGCUUCUUUGCUCUUCCACCCAACCUCCGGAUGGGUCCGAUUCGACCCAAGUUGAGGAUCAUUUGACCAACGGCUCUGUAACAACCAAGGUCGGUACGAAAGCAACAGACGAUUGCCGCACAGUGGAAGACGUUGUUUUGACCAACAAAUAUGGCGAGAAAUUAUGCGGUCAGCUGUGUACAGAAAACGGUGAAGGAAAGGCGUUGCGCGACUUUUCCUUUCAGGCUCGUAAUGACUCUUUCAUUUCCACAAGUUCGGACAUGGUGGAAACCACCAAGGCCUCGCAGUUCAUUUUGGAUGACGUCGCCAAUUCCGCCGCUCUCGCCUCAAAUCCCGAUUCCAACGGAACCUUUUCUGGAACCAUUAUGAUCAACAAUCAGACCAUCGUGGUGAGCAUCGAGAACGGAACGUUGACUCUAGCUGCCCCGUCUGACGGAUAUGUUCACAAAGAGGACGAUUUGGUCAGCUUAAAGGAGCAUUUAGGAAUGAAAGGUCACGAAGAUAUUGUUCUUCUCAACUAUGACGGUGGCACCAAAGCAAUUGGGAAGAUCAGUACCACAUUGGCAGUUUCCAGCCACCAGGAAGAGGGCAGGCCAGGCUUGUCCAUAUGCGACUCUGUGACUACGGGCAACCUAGCUUCUAAGCCCACCUCGAGUCCCGCUCUUCACUCCGGCUCUGUUGUCAAGCAGGAGGCCGCCGCCCAAGUCUUGCGUGAGGAAGAAACCCAAAGCCAUUGGGUUAGCGCAUCACCUAGCAUCGCAAACAAAGACUCGAAAUGCGGCGGCGGCGGCGGCGGCGCCAGCGGCGGAGUCCUUUUCCGGAGCAGCAGAGCGAUGGCUGUUUCUUUUGCCUGCCCGCAAGCGGGAUGCUCGUGUACGUUUGACACGCGGCAAAAACUCAAGGUUCACCUCCUGAACCACGCCGAAGACCCGCGGCCCUACCGAUGCACGGUGGAAGGCUGCGGCUGGGCUUUUGCCACGUCCUACAAACUCAAGCGCCAUCUUCAGUCCCAUAACAAGCAACGGCCGCAUACGUGUCACUUUGAAGGCUGCGGCCGCUGCUUCACCACCGUCUACAACCUUAAGGCUCAUAGCAAAGUCCACGAGCAGGACGACGCCUUUGUCUGCGAGAUCUGCAGCGAGAGGUUCCGCAGCCAAACGCGUCUCGCCAAUCACCAGAGGGUCCACUUUGAGCCGCAGAGGCCGCACAAGUGUGAAUUCCCAGGCUGUGAGAAAACGUUCAUCACCUUCAGCGCUCUCUACUCGCACAACCGCACUCACUUCAGAGAGACGGGCCAUUUCACCUGCACCUACCCGGGAUGUGCCAAGAUGUACGACAAGGCCUGUCGCCUCAAGCUCCAUUUGCGAAGUCACACCGGGGAGAGGCCUUUUGUUUGCGACUCCGAGGGCUGCGGCUGGUCCUUUACAAGUAUGUCCAAAUUGCUCCGUCACAAACGCAAACACGACGACGAUCGCCGCUUCGUCUGCACCGAAGAAGGUUGCGGGAAAUCGUUUACCCGAGCGGAGCACCUCAAAGGUCACACCAUCACGCAUCUCGGCACCAAGCCCUUCCAGUGCCACGCAGAAGGUUGUAAUGCCAAAUUUUCAGCUCGCAGCAGCCUCUACAUCCACAGCAAAAAACAUAAGGAGGACGCCAGCACCCUCCGGACUCGAUGUCCCGUGUCAAACUGCUCCAAGCACUUCUCCUCCCGCAGCACUCUCAAGAGUCACAUGCUGAGACAGCAUCAGCUCAGCCCUGAUGUUCUGAGCCAGAUGGAGAGCACGCCCACUCUGACCCCCAGCAGUGAGCUCAUUAGCCCCAGUCCAGUAACAGUUCCCGGGUCGAGUCUUCCUGGAAGCGAGCAGCUGACUAACUUGGACCUGAGCUCACUUUUCUCAAACGUGUCGUCCGGGAGCGCCAGCACGUCUCCUGCCGGCAUCGGUGUCGGCAUCGGUGUCGGCGUCGGCGGGAGCCACUCCAAUUCCAGCGGCACUUUCACGAUGGACCUUUCCCUGGUCACUUCAGGCAUCCUCGCUAUCGAACCGUCCGCGGUCGGCCCGGCUCUGGCCGUUUCUAACGGCACUGCGGCCAGGCCCGCGGACCCUCUCGGUAUUGAAAUGGGUCGCAGUUUAGGCGGCACGGUGGGGGGUGACGUUCUACCCCCUCAGGGCACCCUCAAUCUGGACGACGUACAGAGUGUCACGCCGGAGGCCCUCGGCGCGCUCACGUCGCUCGCCGUCCGGGCUCCCGGUUCCCUUAGCGAGCCCGCGCUCGAGCAGCCGCUCGGCUCCUCCGGUGCCCUGGGGAUGGAAGCUGCGGCCUCCUUGGCGGUUGCCCCCGUUUCAGAACUGUUGGCCUCACCUACGGCGGAGGCGGGUGGCCACCGAGGGCUCGGGACUCUUAGUUGCGUCCAGAACGGCGGCUCGGCAAGGACAGACUACAGAGCUAUUCAGCUGGCCAAGAGGAGGAAGCAGAUUUGCCCUUCGCUCUCUGGGGACUCUGGAGCAAGUCAGAGAAAAGCAAAAGGGGCCAAAUCCACUCCAUCCACCGGCCGCUACGGUGAAGGAGGAGCCGCAGCAGCGUCUUUUGGAGGCCUUCACCUGCGCGACUCUAGUGCGCAGUUUGUCCAAAUUCAGCUCCUCCAGGAUGAGCCGGGUAGCGAUGGAGAUCUCGCUUUUCAGCUCACCUCCCAGCCGUCCGCCUCGCACUCUCAGCUCACCGUUGACCUUCCAGUCAACAUUUUACAGGAAACCACAGUAAGCACAGAAGAAAACAGUGGCUCUGAUGACUCGCAAUUCACUGAAAGCACAAUCAACCUUCAAGACCUAGAGUGACCGGCUGCCGACCGACCGAGCACACCAUUCGUUCCAUGCCACUAUACAGUGUUUUCCUAAAAACGACAGCCAAGUUUGACUAGUAAUCUUUUCUAUAUCUGACUUGCGUAGACUGGGACCAUCACCAUCCAGCCAUUGGUUUCUCGCUGUCGUUCGUGUGGAGAGGAAAGCUCAAGCUUGGUUGCGUAGCAGCACAUUCAAAUAGAGCAGCCCUGCAACGGCGGACGUUUUCCUCUGUUUACAUCAUGGCGUCUUUGCCUUGGUUUUGCAAUGCUUAGCAUGUCUCUUUGCUCUUUACGUUCUGUCUUACUCCUGACACCAUGCACAUUCACAUUGUCCGAAUUUUCCACAACUUGCCUUUUCUGAUACGUGAACUUACAUGAGGCAAUAGUAAGAUCAUGUGUGUGAGAAUGUAUUGACAUGUGUUAAGGUUCUGUAGACUAUGUUGAUUUGGCGUCUAUUAUUCAAUGGCACGGACGAAUAAAACAAUCCGAAGCAUUGUUGCCGUCCGUCCCCGGAUGUUCCGCUUUUGGAUAUGUAGAACACCUCGGAAAAACUCCCUCCCAUCAAACCAGCAGGUCAUUUGAAGCCAACCUGCCAUUGCUGAAUCAAGAUUGAGCCACAGGAACGGAUGCGGGAAGUGCAGCGACAACUUUCUUAGCACUCACAAAUGAACAUAGAAAUGCAAUACGUUGGACUGUUGACUGUGUCUAACCUACCACACUUGCAUUGAUAAAGCAGGCUAUAAUAUCA